AAAAGCAAUAAAUAUGAAGGUGACGACUGACAAUGGAAGCACAGACCCUUAUUUGCAUUUUUUCCUAAUUUUACGAUUCGCUGCUUUUCCCGAGAUUCCUCUUACGCUAUAACGCACAAAGCCGCAUUACACUUUCAUCUACUUCUCUUUUUUCUGUAUUUGAUCCUUUCCUCCAUAGACGCAAAGGUUUCGCGUUUCUUUUCAUCUUCCUAUUUGUCCACCGGCAAGCCCCUAGGUAUUUGGAUUUUGUUUAACGAUGGUUGGUGGCGGCGAGGCUAAAUCGGACAUUUCCUUCGCCGGAACUUUCGCCAGCAGUGCUUUUGCGGCUUGCUUCGCCGAGAUCUGUACGAUUCCAUUGGAUACUGCAAAAGUCCGGCUUCAGUUGCAGAAGAAAGCUGUCGCUGGGGAUGUGACGUCUUUGCCGAAGUACAAGGGAUUGUUAGGAACAGUUGGAACUAUUGCGAAAGAAGAAGGGCUAGCUUCUCUAUGGAAGGGAAUUGUGCCUGGAUUGCAUCGUCAAUGUCUGUUUGGAGGUUUAAGGAUUGGCUUAUAUGAACCUGUUAAAACCUUUUAUGUUGGUAAAGAUCAUGUCGGAGAUGUACCGUUAUCAAAGAAAAUACUUGCUGGGCUCACAACUGGUGCUUUGGGAAUUGCCAUCGCCAACCCUACUGAUCUUGUUAAAGUACGACUUCAAGCUGAAGGGAAAUUGGCUCCUGGUGUGCCUAGACGUUAUUCUGGAGCAUUGAAUGCUUACUCUACUAUUGUUAGACAGGAAGGGGUUACAGCUUUAUGGACUGGACUUGGACCAAAUGUUGCCCGCAAUGCUAUCAUAAAUGCUGCUGAGCUAGCCAGUUAUGAUCAAGUGAAGCAGACAAUCUUGAAAAUCCCUGGUUUCACGGACAAUAUUGUCACCCAUCUGUUAUCUGGUCUAGGAGCUGGUUUCGUUGCAGUUUGCAUAGGCUCUCCAGUCGAUGUGGUCAAAUCAAGAAUGAUGGGAGAUUCUACAUACAAAAACACACUUGAUUGUUUUGUCAAAACUUUGAAGAAUGAUGGACCUUUGGCGUUCUACAAAGGCUUUAUCCCCAACUUUGGGCGACUAGGAUCUUGGAAUGUGAUCAUGUUUUUGACUUUGGAGCAGGCUAAAAAGUUUGUCAGAAGUGUGGAGUCGUCUUAAAACAAAGUGUCAACUUGAUAAAGCAGUUUGUGAACGCAUUAUAUUUGGAUUUUGGUGCAGCUUUUGGGGUAUCAUUGGUUACAAUAAAUAGAUUUUAAAACUUGCUAAAAAUAAUUUGAAGGCACAAUGCAAGUCUGCUAACGCCUU